AAAAUCCGGGUGAAAAACAAGAUGGCUCAACAGAAACUAUGGAAACUAAUGAUUUGCAUGAGUGUUCUAUUCGGAGGCACACAACUUCUGUUCAGUUAUAUAGCUAUACAGAUAGCUAAAAACAACCAGGUGUCUGUACAGAUCGACAAUCAUGCCAAUCAAAUUGAUAUAAAUCAGAUAGGGCUUAAUGAAGAGGAAGAAAAGCUUGAAUACUACAGGCUGAAACAUGAGCAAAUGAGAAAAUCACUAGAAAAUGUGAAAGACAAAUCUGAUAAAAAUGUGAAGGAAAUUAAUUCUGGUGAAAAUGUGAAGGAAAAAUCAGGUGAAAGUGUGAUGGGAAAAUCUGUUGAUAAUGUGAACAUAAAAUCUGGUGAAAAUGCUGAGAAUAUAAAAUCCAGUGAUAAUUUUAAGGAUAAAUCUGGUGAAAAUACCAAACUAAACACUAAAACUGUGGAUAAAAAUAUAGAAUCUUCAACAUUCUUGACGAUUUGCACAACAUUUUCCGAAAAUGAAGAAAUGAGAUUCCAAGUCCAGAAUAACACAUUACUAAACUGGAAUUAUAUCAAAUCAAACUUAAAAACAAACAUUGUUGUUUACAGCAAUUCAACUGAACAUGCAGAAAACUGUAAAACAUUUGACUGUGAUAUUUCACCUCUGAUUCCACAACUGACAAUAUCAAAACGACCAAUGUUACGUGAGAUGUUUCUUGAUAUGGAAAAGCGCUAUGCAAGCAAGUUUUAUGGUUAUUGUAACGGAGACAUUCUUUUCAAUGGUAAAGAACUCAAGAACACAUUUGAAGCAAUUCUAAAUUUUGCAGAGCAAAAUUUCAUCAAUGGUUACUUAAUCCUUGGCAGUAGACAUCAAGUAAAUUUUCAACAUUUUAGAGAUGGCAAAAGGGAAUUCAAAAAGAUAAACAUUGGUGAUGAAAAUGAAAUAAUGGAAUUAACUAAAACUGAAAAUUCUUUCAUUGAUAAACACAGAGGUGCAUAUGACUUUUUCUUCGCUAGAAAAUCAGGAUUUCCAUGGGCGGAAAUUCCACCCUUUGUGGUGAGCCAGGCCGGAUUUGAUUCCUGGAUGAUGAUUUAUGCAAAUAAGAUGGAAAUUCCUGUCAUUGAUGUAACAAAUACUCUAACGGCAGUACAUCAGUAUGGUGCAGUGAAACAACAAGAGAACCAAUUCUAUAUCAACACACAUUCUCAUAAUCACGCAGUAUUUUGGAGUUCAUUACUGAGAGCAAAUUCAAGUAUGUUUGUAGCAACGUGUGCAUUGUAUAAAACUAUAUAUGACCAGGGACAAGUUAAAGUAGUACAAAAUAUGGAGAGGGAUGCAAACGUAUGUGUUUAUAAGUACAAAAUUCAAAUCCCUGAUCCAAACAAUGAUUUCUACCAACAACUUGGAGUUCUCCCAUAUGAUGA